AUGUCUCCAACUCAUCAGCAUUUCGCAGCUAUACCCAAGAGCGAUGCCUCUGUCGACACGCCGCCAGGUGUUCAGCAGUCCAGAGCUCGGUUCAUGAAUGAGGCUACAUUCGAACAAGACACGGGUUCACCCACUCAGCAGUCCGGAGCUCGAUUCAACAACGAGGCUUCCAUCGAUCAAGGCAUGGCGUCAACUUCACAGUCGCCCUCUUCUCCUCCCAUGGAGCAUCACGAUGACGAUAGCUACGAUGAGGAUGACAUCGAGUACUAUAUCACCGACGAGGACGCCUACGAGGACGACGUUAGGUACGAUGCCUCAAUCUCGGCUCCCGAGGACAACAGUGCAGAUGCUCCGUCAGGUGACUCAGGUCCAUUGUCUCAGCCCGACGAGCCUGAGCGUUACAUGUCUCCUGCUGAGAAGACCGCCCGUGAGCUUGGUCUCGAGAUUGACUUCAGCAACCUCCACAUCCCGACUCCUGCUGAGCGCGAGGCCCGCCACCUUGGUCUCUUGAUCAACUUCGACGAUGUCAUGCGCAUGAACCGUGAGUCCUCCGCCAACGACCGCACCGUGCGCCAGUAUACGGAUGUCCCUGCCUCCUACUACGCUGCCCAGCGCGACAGGCCCAUCUACUCGGGCGCCUCCAUCAGCUCGGCCAAGUCGCCUGCCACCCCCACCCCGAAGGUCAUAGGACAGUGGUGCUGCUGCCAGUGUGGCCACAUCCAAGAUUUGUACCUGCACGAUGAGGGAGAGCACCUGGUUAGUACCCUGCUGUGCGCCUGCCCCCACCGCUCGUGCGAGAACUGCUCGCUGUACGGUUCCAUCAAGCUGUACACGCCCGUCCACGAGCCGUUCGCCGUCCAGCUCUCGGAGACGGACGAGAAGAUCAAGUUCGGCGUGUUCUGCUCCGGCUGCGGCCUCUCGUGGCGGGCGCAGCCUGUCAAGUCCGCUCCAACGGUGAUGGAGAAGAUCUCGGCGGUGGGCGCCGCCGUCAAGGGCGCCAAAUCCAUGCACAACCUGCGUGGCGAUUCGGCCUCGCUGGCCAAGUCCUCAGCAAACCUGAGGCAGCUCUCCAACGAGAUGGAGAAGGAGCACGGCAAGCAGGCCGACUCCUGCUUGGUGUUCUUCUCGGGCAUCAAGUGCUCGUGCGGCAAUGUGCUCGGCACCUCUUGCCUAGGCUUCCAGCUGGUGGAGGAGGUGGAGGAGGAGGAAGAGAAGGUGGUCAAGGAGGCGCCGACGUUCGCGUCGACCCCCGAUGACCGGGCCAAGGGCAUUGGCAAGGAGAUCUUGACUCUCCUUGCCGAUACGGAUUCGCGUGUUCGACACCCGAAUCCGCUCAUGGGCAACCCGGUCUGA